AUGGCAGCGGGUGACCCUAGUCUGGUCUACCACACCAUAGCACGCCAUGCAUGCACCUGCAACUGGUCGGUGCAGAGGCGGACCAAACCAUGCACCUCGGGGCGACACGCGUGGGACUCCGGAGCACGUGUCGUGCACAGGCGCGGGUGGCUGUCCGUGCUGGAUCGGUUCUGGAUCGUACCCGUACAAAAUCGAGUGCUCACCGCUCGAGAAACACUCGAGUACGGUGUAGAAGAUGUGGGUAUCAGGGUGUGCAGGCCCAAGGUGGGAGCUGUGUACGGCCGUGUGAAGCUCAAGUUCAAGUCGUCCAAGACGGUGGACUCGCCACUGCGCCCUCAGCAGCAGCAGGAUUCUUCGGAAGCUCAAGUGCCGCCUGCUGAUGCUGGGAAAUCGGAGAGCGCUGCUGUCCCUGAAGUAAUCAAAAGAGCUGAUGCAGAGAAGGCUGCGGUCGUGAUGGAUGGGCAGCAAACAGACGGGCCGGGGUUGGAGUCGAGUGACGCGGAUAAGGAGAAGGUGGCAAGGAAAGUAGGAGGCAUUAAGAUCAAGUUGGCGGGGCUGCCUUCUGUAGAAAACAGCACACUGGAUCGGAAAGCCGAUUCGGCAGAUGAGCCUGCUCCGAGCAAGCAGGAAGCUCUUUUGGAAAGCAAAAAAAUGGAGGAUGUGGUGGAGCUGAGGAGCUCACAGGAGUCGGAAGAAAAGCAGUCUACUCCGGAACAUCAGCGCAACGAGAAAGAGCUGGCUGCUGCACUUGAAGCUAUUAAGAAAGUUAUGAAGAUGGACGCUGCUGAUAUGUUCAAUGUUCAAGUGGAUCCUGUUGCGUUAGAAAUACCUAACUUCAGAUACAGUUUCCAAUUCCCAUAA